AUGUCUGGAGAUUCAGCGGUUGCGCCAGCGCUUUCAACAACGCAAGGCGAAGAUAUAUUCGAUUUGGGUAAGUUUACGGAUGUUGCGAAAGAUCGGUCUGGAUAUCUGGGUCGAACACCAGAAAAUCGAACAGAGCUGUUGCAGCUGAUUUCAAAACACUACUUGGUGGACGAAAUAGUGCGGUUUUUGGAUAAUAAGGUUGAGUUUCGUAAAGUCACUUUACAAUUCCCAGAUUCGUUGGUUCAGGACUCGGCUUUAGUGGCCCAACUACUCCAAAACCGGAUUUCUCAGGACUACUCUUGUGGUGGCUGUAGCACUGACAGCAAAGAAACCAAUGUGCAAACAGCUUCUAACGAGAAUUGUUGUUCAGGUUCUGAUUCAGGUUCCUGCCAGAAAAAGCCGGUUGACCAGGAUUUGAAGCAUGAAGAGAGAAGAAUUUGGAUCCUAGCAGAUACUGCCUACAGCGCGUGCUGUGUGGACGAAGUGGCGUCCGAGCAUGUGAACGGCGAUUUGGUCAUCCAUUUCGGAGACGCCUGUCUGAACGCUGUGCAGAAAUUGCCGGUUCUCUACUGUUUUGGCGAACCAUUCCUCGAUUUAGACAACACCGUUGCGCAAUUCCAAGAGAGAUACACCGAUCACGACGAAAAAGUAGCGUUGAUGGCCAAUGCUCCCUACACGUGUCACCUUAAAUCGCUGUACUGCAAGCUGCGAGCGCUUGGGUACCACAAUUUGCUUUGUAGCGGCUUGAAUGAGAGCUAUGCAGGCCCCACGGCAUCGUUCGUCGGGCGCCAAGACAACAGUGGACUCCACACUGUUUUCACAUUGGACAACAGAGUCAUUCUUAGUGACGAUGAGACCUUCAACGUGAGUGAGGAAGAGCUUCAAAACGAGUAUGAUCUGUUCCAUGUUACCAUGCCUGCGGACCCCAGACUACUCUUCUUGACUACCAAGUUCAAGUCACUGAGCAUAUACGACCCCACCGACAAGUCCGUGUCGCAAGGUCCAUUCCCAUCGCUAAUGCGACGCUACAAAUUCAUGCAUGUGGCCAGAACGGCUGGCACAAUAGGAAUUCUGGUCAACACUUUAUCUCUGAGGAACACCAAAGAGACCCUGCGGCGUCUUGCGAAGCUUAUCAGAGACAACGGGAAAAAACACUACAUGUUUGUUGUCGGGAAGCCAAAUGUUGCCAAACUGGCCAAUUUCGAGCCCGUGGACGUAUGGUGCAUCUUGGGUUGCGGCCAAGGUGGGAUUAUUGUUGACCAAUACAACGAGUUUUACAAACCCAUAGUCACUCCUUAUGAGCUGUCUAUGGCUUUGAACCCGGAAGUUACAUGGACAGGUCAAUGGGUUGUUGAUUUCAAGCAAGUUCUGGAAGGUUUGGAGGAAGAUGCUGACGACGCAGAUGUCGCUGGAAACAAUGGAGUAGCAACGACCACCUCAACGGAGGAUGGUGAAAGCGAUGCGCCAGAAUUUAACGCUGUAACAGGACAAUACGUCAGCACUUCAAGACCACUGAGAAAUAUUUCCCACUUGGAAAUCAGCGAUCCGCGCGACGACAGUCACAGCAAGCAGCACUCUACACAACUGGUGGAGAAGUUUUCGGGCGCUGUCACAAUUGGCAAUACACUUUCCACUUCUGCCAUUCAUCUUCAAAAUCGUCAAUGGUCUGGUCUGGGGAGCGAUUUCACGCCUGAAAAUUUCGAAGAAGACGGUGCAACUCUUGAAGAAGGUGGCAGCGGUAUAGCCAGUCAAUAUGCUUUCGACAAGCAAAACAAAGUGAAACGCUAA